ACUGAAGAGAGACGUUAAUUCUUUAGGCUUUUCUGUCAGCGUUCUGUUUAGAGGAAGUUUUCACCACGUUCGUCUCAGACUCGUAGUCCAGUUUGUGAAUACCCAGUUCCCAAUGGCUGACCAAAGAUCUUGUGUCCGGCUGAACACCGGAGUGCAGAUGCCACUGUUGGGUUUGGGCACGUUCCGUUUGCGAGGCCCUGAGGAAACUUACCAGACUGUGGAUGCUGCAUUAACAGCAGGAUAUCGAGCUUUUGAUACUGCAGCAGUGUACCGCAACGAAGCAGACAUCGGCCAGGCACUUUGUACCUUGCUGCCCAAACACGGACUUUCCAGAGCUGAUGUGUUCAUAACAACUAAACUAAGUCCCAGAGACCAGGGUUCCAAAGCCAGGGAUGGCUGCUUGAGAAGCCUGGAGCAAUUAGGCUUAGAUUAUAUCGACCUGUUUCUCAUUCACUGGCCUGGUACACAGGGGAUAGAUGUAACCGAUAAGCGAAACCCUGACAAUCGAGCUCAAAGUUGGGCAACCUUGGAAGAGUUCCAUGCAGAGGGAAAGUUUCGUGCUAUUGGAGUGUCCAACUACACAGUGCAGCACAUGCAGGAGCUGCUGAAGAGCUGCAGAGUCGUUCCAGCAGUUCUCCAGGUGGAGUUUCACCCCAGGUUGGCUCAGAGGGAGCUAAGGGAAUUAUGUCAGAAAAGUGCAGUGUGUUUCCAAGCGUACUCGUCCCUGGGAACAGGCGUCCUCCUCUCUGAUCCUCUGGUUCAGGAACUGGCUGAACAAUGUGAAAAAACUCCAGCUCAGGUGCUUCUGAGGUGGGCUGUACAGCAAAACGUACCAGUGUUGCCAAAAUCAUGCAGGCCUGACCGUGUGCUGGAGAACGGGCGUCUGUUUGACUUUGAGCUCAGUGACAGUGACAUGGCAAAGCUUUCUGCUCUGGACUGUGGGGAAAAAUUCUGCUGGGACCCGUCACUGGUGCUCUAGAUUACCUCCAGUGUCAAAGUUCACAUUUCAGUUUUGACUUCCUGGA